UAGUUCAACAGUACGGAAUAAACGCAAAGACUACACAAUAAUUGCUAAUUUGGUUUUAAUUUGUUCAACACCUAUCAGCCAUGCGCUUUCCUCCAACCGUUACCAUGGUGACCGUUGCCCGGUUGUGAAGCUUGUUGAUAUCCAAGCGAAUGAAGGCGAUGGCGGCCUUGAACUAAACCAAACCACCAUCGACAUGGAUGACGGCGGGCAACUGGGUGACAGUGGGACAGUUAAAAACGUGGCAAAAUCUGGCCGAAGAGCCCGCCUCGCAGCAGACCAGUCACUUGGAGAUGCACGCAGCUCCAGAAAGUCCUCCACGUCCGCUUCUGCCGGAGAAGUAUGGCCCCCCUCCUAAACCACCCAGGAGGCAGGGCGGCUGGGCAGAAGAAAGCUCCGGAUCUGGCAAAUCUUCAAGAAGAGCUGCUGCCGACGACCUGGAAGACCGCCGGCUGCGACCACAAACUCCCCAAGGAUCAGAUGAUGAUGGAGAUAUUCCAGUCAUUCCUGAUUUGGAGGAAGUGCAGGAAGAAGAUCUCAACAUGCAAGUAGCAACUCCACCGAGCGUUCAAGUCAUUCGGGUAAUGACCUACAGAGACCUGGACAAUGACCUGAAAUAUCACUCUGCAUUCCAGACUCUUGAUGGAGAGAUCGACUUGAAGCUCCUCACAAAGGUUUUAGCACCAGACCAGGAGGUGAAGGAGAUGUGCUCUGGGACUGGGAUCAUCUGUUUACAGAGGUGUCCUCAGAGCUGCUCAUGGAAUGGGAUCAAGGAGAGAGUGACGAGCAGGCUUCAUAACAUGCAACUUGAACACAAAGUCCGGACUGAACGGCUCCAGUGGUAACUGAGAAGCCAGCGACUUGAAUCAGAAUCAGAAUCAUCUUUAUUUGCCAAGUAUGUCCAAAAAACACACAAGGAAUUUGUCUCUGGUAGUUGGAGCCACUCUAGUACAACAUUUAUACGACAACAGGGUACAGUUGUAAUCAUAUUCACUUAUAGUGUGAUAUCUAGAAUUUAUAUUUCUUCACUUGAUGUGUGUGUGUAUUGUACGGUUUGUCUUGCAUUUCCUAAAUACAGUUCUGCUAAAUGAA